UGUUACAGCGCGUGUUUACGGAAGACCUAGUGCUAAUUAGCUAUCUAGAAUGCCCUGAACACCUGUGUAAGGGAAGAAGGCUACCAAAACGUGUUCUCAUUGAAAAAUACUUUCGGCUGCAACUGUGAUAAAGCUGGUUAAAACACUGUACAAUGGAGAGUUCUCCAGCCUGACUAUAGAUGAAACAGGGAACUUGAGUCUGGAGAGUUUCCUCAGGGAGUUUCCCCAGGACAGUUACAGCUGUCCCUCCCACCAGAGCACAGGGUCGAUGUCCAGAAACUUCUGUUACUCCUCCCCUCUCCCGGAACACCGCUACCUGGCCACACCCUCCAGCUGGACCUCUGACCGCCCCCCACGACCCAAGAGCCCCUGGGGCUGCCUAGACCCCUACACCACUGAGGACCAGGACAGGGAGUAUGUGGGCUUUGCUACUCUACCCAACCAGGUACACAGGAAGUCAGUGAAGAAGGGAUUUGAGUUCACUCUGAUGGUGGUUGGAGAGUCUGGUCUGGGUAAAUCUACACUAGUCAACAGUCUGUUCCUCACAGACCUCUACAAGGACAGGAAGGUGCUGAAUGCAGAGGAGAGACUGGCUCAGACUGUGGGCAUCACUAAGAACACAGUGUGCAUCGAAGAAAAGGGAGUGAAACUCAAACUCAACAUAGUGGACACACAAGGCUAUGGAGAUACCAUCAACAGUACAGACAGCUAUAAGUGUGUGUCAGACUACAUUGACUGUCAGUUUGAGCAGUACCGCAGGGAUGAAAUCGGUCUGGACAGAAAGAACAUCCAGGAUAACAGAGUCCACUGCUGCCUCUACUUCAUCUCUCCCUUCGGACACGGUCUGCGGCCGUUGGAUGUAGAGUGUAUGAGGGCUCUGCAGGACAAGGUCAACAUCAUCCCUGUUGUGGCCAAAUCUGAUGGUCUCACUUAUGAUGAGGUCAAGAAGAAGAAGAUCAGGAUCCUAAGUGAGAUAGAUAAGUACAGGUUAAAAAUCUACCAGUUCCCAGACUGUGACUCUGAUGAGGAUGAGGAGUUCAGGAGGCAGGACAUGGAGCUCAAGAGGAGUGUUCCGUUUGCAGUGAUCGGCAGUAACAUGAUGGUGGAUGUUAAUGGUCGGAGGAUCCGCGCCCGUCUCUACCCCUGGGGCGUGGUGGAAGUGGAGAACCCGUAUCACAGUGACUUUGUCCACCUGAGGAACAUGUUGGUGAGGACUCAUAUGCAGGACCUGAAGGACAUGACCCAUGACACACACUACGAGAGUUACAGAGCACAGUUGCUGUGCAAGAGCCAACACACUGACGUGGAUUAUGACUUCUGCCACACCACAAUCUAAUCCAGGAGGCCUUUGGUGUAAAACAAAAGAUGAUACAGUGCUUUCACCACUACUGGAAUAAAGUCACAAGCUAAAUGUA